AAACGAUAUUCAGCGCGAUUAUACGUUUCUUGAUCAGAUUUACACGUAGAUAUUUGAGAAUAGAUAGGACAACCAUACGAUUGAUCAAGAAACGGAAUUUAAUCAUUCCUUCUUCAAUUUACAUUGAAUAAUUUUCAUUUCAUUAUAAGGAAUCUACAAGAAAAAUGGCAGAUACUGCAAGCUCAGGAAGUACAUCACGAGAAGUUUCAGAAAAGGGAUGGCUUGUUUUAAAACAGUACGUUAUUGAUAACAAAAUUAAAGCCGGAUUAUGGUUUACAAGAUUACUUACUAUGAUGUUUACUAUAAGUUAUGUUAUUCCAAUAUUCGGAAACGUUUAUAAUAUAUAUUACAAAGCUUUAAUGAGUCAUGCAGCAACUAGCGCAUUACGUCUUCAUCAAAGACUGCCAAAUGUACAGUUUAGCAGAGAAUUUUUGGGAAUGUUACUUCUCGAAGAUUCCUGCCAUUACUUAUUUUAUUCAAUAAUAUUUCUCUAUGUUCCUCCAGUGACAAUCGUCCUUGUACCUAUAUUUAUAUUUGCCAUGUUGCACUUUUUCAGUUUUUCACUCACGUUACUCGAUUGUUUAGGACACAAUAGUUGGUGGGCUAUGCGUCUUGUGAUAUCUUUGGUUGAGUUUCAGUCUUAUAACAUUUUGCGUUUUUGUGCACUUUCGGAAAUUAUUAUUUUACCAUUCACAGUUCUCCUUGUUUUCACGGGACGUGUUGGUCUAUUAACACCAAUUAUAUAUUAUCAGUUUUUGAAAAUGCGUCUUGCAUCGCAAAGAAACGCAUUCACCCGCAAUAUGUUUCACGAAAUCAGAGGUCUAUUGAGUACUGUAUCCAAAAAGCCUGCGAUGCCAGAUAUACUUCGUAAAGUGAUAGAAGGUUUUCUUUCUUUAACUCAACAAAUGGCACCAGUACCUCAGUAAUAUAUACUCGUUAGGAAUAUUUGUCAAGGGAAUUGUUGUUGGAUUGUAGGGGUCCAUACUUUUAUAAAAUUGAAUCUAAUGAUGAUUGAAUGAUAAUGUCCAAAUUUUUGGUAUAUAUGUAUAUUAUAAUUUAGCAAAUAUAGAAAGUUGAAAUUAAUCAAAAAUGUAAUAAUAGGUACAUUUAGACACAAUUAUUACUGUUUUAAGUGAAAAAUAUACGCGUCUUUUAUAAACAUUUCAUACAUUUUAAAAUACGAAAGAGAUUUAAUCUUUAUAAAAACAAUUAUAAGCAUACU